AUGUUAGUUGAGUGAAACAAAAAGAACAUUUAAAAACUGCUAACAUGAACGUUUGAUUGUCCUUAUGCAUUAUAGCAGCUGUUAAAUUAAUUUUCUAAAUGUUACCACGUCACUACUUGAUUUACUACUUGGACGCUGGGACAGUGAGCGUGAGUGGAGCGUCACCUCCUGGUGAAAAUGAGCCAGGAUGCACGAUCAGAGGGUGUUGACCCCGGUGUCCUGCGAGACCAGCUCUUUGACUUGUGGAGCAAGAAAGAGCUGCAGGCGCUGAGGUCGGAGAGCGUGUCUGGAUUCUCCCGGCUGCGGGAGCCGCUGGCCGGACUGCUCACCCUGCUGGAGGGCUGUCCGGGCAUCCAGAAAGGCAAAUCCACCACACUGGGCCAGUUCGUGCUGACGGAGUUCGUGCGCUGGAGGCGUGGCACCUCACGCGCCAGCCUGAAGGGCCUGGCGGGAGAGGAGAGGCGGCGGCUCCAGCUGCAGGCCCUCGGGCUCAUCAAGGCGACCCAGCCCGGGUACAUGGAGCCCCUGCUGGACAUCUUUGAGCUGGAGACGCUAGAGACAAGCCUGCUGCUGGAGCAUAUUUCCUACCUGCAGAACAGCUGUGCCUAUAAAGAGGCGGCAUUGCUUAGCGUGAAGCUUCAACUACAGAAGGAGCUCGACAUGGAGCAGAUGUGUGUGCCUCUGAUCCUCCUGGACAAGCUGCCGUUGGCGGAGUCGUUCGUGCAGGGCCAACCCGAGCUCCAGGAGCGGCUGGUCAGGCUGCUGGACUCCUGGUGCAGUCCGAGUUUUAGACUGGAGGAACUGCGCAGGCAGUAUCCCCGCGUGUCUCUCUCCAAACAUCAGGCGGACCAGAUUCAGCCCAAGCUCCUCUGCAAACACGUCUUCCGGCUCAUGGAAAAGUUUAACGUCGAUCCGGGCUUGUGUGUGAACUCUGUUCACAAGAGGAAGCUGGACUCACUGCGGUUCCUCAUGUACAAGAGGUUCAGGGAGAAAAGCAUGACUGAGGAGAACUGGAGCGACCAUGUCCAAGUCACAGUGCAGGGCAGUGUGGAGCUCCAGGUGGUGUUGGUGGAGCUGUUGGUGAGGUUCUGUGGGCUUCGGGCAGCUGCGCAGUGGGCGGAGUUCUACAGCGUCCCUAGAGACAGGCUCCCGUUCGGGGUGUGGGACGCCAUGCAGAGCUGCGCCUCCAUGCAGCUAGAGGAGCGUGAGGAGAGCGCCCCCUUGCAGUCGUGGGUUCCUCCGCAGCUGCACCAGCGGCGCUACUACCAGCUGCCUCUGGCCCAGCACCAGGUGCACUUCCUGCAGACUUUAGAGCAGCUGCAGCGGUGCAGCGACGCCAUCUUACAGCCGGGCCGGGUGGUCGCCGUGGACAUGGAGUGGCGGCCCAGCUUCGGCACGGUGUGCGCCCCGCGCCUGGCGCUCAUCCAGCUGGCUGUGCAGGACUGCGUCUUUCUGCUGGACCUGUGCUCGCCCGGCCUCCGCCAGCACCACCAGACCGUGCGUCUGGUCUGCUCGCUGCUGACCGACGAGGAAAUCCUCAAACUGGGUUAUGGAAUGUCUGGGGAUCUGAGGAGUCUGGUGACCACGUGGCCUGAGCUCAAGGAGGAGUCUUUGGAGGUUAAGGGAGUGUUGGAUAUGCUCCAUGUCCAUCAACAGCUGCAGCGUUGCUGGCGGGGGAGCAGGCGCGGAGGGUCUCGGCCGCCGGAGGUGAGCGAGGCCUCCACGGAGAAGGGCUUGAGCCUCAUGGUGCAGCAGGUGCUGGGAAAACCUCUAGACAAGUCGGAACAGCUGUCCAACUGGGAACGACGACCACUCCGCACCAGCCAGCUCCGCUACGCAGCCGUUGACGCGUACUGUCUGCUGGACGUCUACCUGACCCUGUCCCUAAACCCCACGGCCUUUGGCCUCCCCGAGGACCUCCGCACCAUCCGCCCCAGCCCGCCCACCAAGAGCGUCCCCGAGAAAAGAGCCAAAGACAGGCGGAGCGAGCCGGCCCCAAGCCCAAGGGCUGACCGGGAUGCCCUGGGCCCUGCAGGCCACCUGGAGGGGGGGGUGUCAGCCGGCAGGAAGCUGCAGGAGGCCACAAUGGCACCCCAGGAGCUGCGCGUGGUGUGUGACAACAUGCUGCAGGGGCUGGGGCGGUACCUGCGCUGUCUGGGCGUGGAUGUACUGAUGCUGGACAACACAGAUGACCACAAAGUAGCUGCAGAGUUAGCCCGGACAGAAGGACGCAUCAUCCUCACCUCUGGUCAGCCAUACCAAACUCUGAGGUCCCAGGUAGCGGAGGGUCGCUGUCUCACUCUGGACUGCUCAGAGAAGGCCCGUGACCAGGCUGUCCACGUCCUCAAACACUUCCACGUCCACCUCACCACUUCCGACAUAUUUAGCCGAUGCCAGGCAUGCAAUAAUGCUGAAUACUUGAAGGUGACUCGGGAAGACAUGACUCAGAUGAUGAGUGAGAGAGGUCUGCUACAGCAAACGGCCCCCAAGCAGGACAACUGGGACCUGCAGUGUGACACUCAGGUGACCCCCAACAGGUGGAGGCCCUCGGAGGGCCCGGAGUUCCGCCCUCGCUGCCGCUGGGCCCCGCCCUCUGCUCUGGACCCCCGCACCUGGACGAUCCGUGGAGAGGUCCCGGUGCAGUUGGAGACUGUCCCCCCAGGCCUGCUCCCUCGUAUCCCAGAGUACUUUAUCUGCACAGGCUGUGGGAAGGUGUUCUGGGAGGGGACCCAUUUUGACCGGGUGCUGUCCCAGUUCCAGGACGUGCUGCACGUGUCAAACGGGGACCCGUCUGGUCUGCCUUGAGCUUUCGGGGUUGGGCGUGGGGGAGGCUAAAGGGGUCUCCGUGUCCACACAGUCUGGCUCUUUUUUAAGCACAUUUUGAAUCAUUCUCUCCUUACCAGUUCCGAAAUAAACACACAGUUGUUGUUAGUUCGUGUGGGGCAGAAGAGACACACUAAACAAUUUACAUGUGGCGUGGUCUUGUGAGCAUCCAGUAGCUCUCAUACCUUUUUAUUUUAGGAAAUUAUUUCUCGAAUUUUUUUAAAUCAUUUGUUGCACCACAUUUUACCUACUCCUUGUGCAAAUAAAUGAUCAGCCAGUUAAGUCAGUGAAGAUCCAUUUCCCUGUCAUUGUGCUGACCUGGUUCCCUGCGGUGUCGAUGCUGGGUCUGUCCAGAGCAGAACUGGGACAUCAGAACUUUUACGAGUGAUGGAGAAUGAAACCACACCAGAAUGGAGUAACUAAAUAUGGUGUAGUCAUCAAAUGCCUUUUUUCUUUUUUUCUUUUUUUUACAAAAUGUAAUCAAGAAAUAUACACUGCCAAGCAAGUUUGGUGAUGGCUAACUUUCAAGAAGUUUUUUAAAAGUGAGCCUGUUUUAUUGUGUCUGUUUGCAGUGUCUUUAUCUAACCAGAUUUAAUUUGUGGAACGCUAUUACCCUUAUAUGUAUAAAUAUCUGUGACAAUAUUUUAACAAAAACAAUUAAAGUACAUGUUCAUCCAA